GAAUACAGAAAGGCAAAAUUCCACUCCCACCAUAAAACAAAAGGCAAAAGAACCACACUCCUCUCGCAACCAAGUCUCUCCGGCCGGACAAGCUUAGGGAGGGAGCAAGAUGUUCCUCAACAAGCUCCAUAUUUCCAGCCUCCUCCUCGUCUUGACCAUCCUCUGCCCUCGUACCACCGGGCAAUUACCCAAAGCUGCCUCCUUUAUCUACGCCGGUUGCUCCCCAUCCAAGUAUGAUCCCAACUCCCCCUUCCAGAACAACCUCGCCCCCGUCCUCACGUCCAUCGUGUCCGGCGCCUCGCAGGCCUCCUACAGCAGCUACAAGUCCGGUGACGACUCCAGCGGCGCGGCUGCCUACGGCCUCUACCAGUGCCGGAACGACUUGAACGCCGGCGACUGCUCCGCCUGCGUUCAGAGCGCGGUCGGCCAGCUCAACCUGGUCUGCGCCGCCUCCUUCGCGGCCUCGCUGCAGCUGGACGGCUGCUUCGUGCGGUACAGCAACGAGGACUUCCUGGGGAAGCCGGACACGACCAUGGUGUACCGCAAGUGCAGCACGAGCACGAGCAACGACGGGGAGUUCUUUCGGCGGCGGGACGACGUGCUGGCCGACCUCCAGACCGGGGUGAGCUUCCGGGUGAGCAGCUCCGGCACCGUGCAAGGGUACGUGCAGUGCCUGGGCGAUCUGAGCGCCGCCGACUGCUCGGCGUGCCUGGCGCAGGCGGUGGGGCAGCUGAAGAACGCGUGCGGGUCGGCACUCGCGGCGGACGUCUACUUGGCUCAGUGCUUCGCCAGAUACUGGGCUUCCGGCCAUUACUUGCCGUCCUCUGCAGAUAACUCAGAGGAUGACAUUGGAAGGACUGUGGCAAUUAUUGUGGGCAUACUGGCAGGACUGGCUCUCAUCGUAGUCUUUCUUUCUUUUCUCAGGAAAACAUGCAAGUUCUCUGUCUCUCUCCUACCUCCCUUCCCCUGCUACUGUGCACCUUUUGAUCCUUGAGUUCUCGCGCUAAAGGAAUAUGUUCUUCCUACACGCAGGUUAGCCACCAUCCGGUUCUCGCAAGUGGCAGCGUGCCAAUAUUCUCGAUGCCGAGUCCUUUUUUAGCACUCAUCUCGGGCACGCAAGAAAACAGAGAGAGAGAGAGAGAGAGAGAGAGAGAGAGAGAGAGAGAGAGCUUCUGUUUCCAGUACUAUCAUCAGGCUUGUUAGCUAACACAAACAAACAUGUCCCUGUUUUACUCAUGACCUGUAAAACAUUUUUAUCUUUGCUACCAAAGGAAUAGCGGAACAGGAAUUCUUGAUUGGUGUUUUC